GUUCCCCCAGGCCUUCAGCGGCUUAGCUAGAAAAAUAGCAAGUUAGCGAUAGAGGAGCAGCCCAUAGAGAGCUUCUUAUUUUAAUGAAGUUACAUGUUUAGGCGUUGUGAAAGCUUCAUUAGCUAGUUUUAACAAUCACCUUACACUGAGCGAUACCUCAGCUGUCCGUAUACCCUGAGCACAAUGAUUCGCUUCAUUCUGAUCCAAAACCGAGCAGGGAAGACCAGACUGGCCAAGUGGUACAUGCAGUUUGAUGAUGAUGAGAAACAGAAGCUUAUUGAGGAGGUGCAUGCUGUGGUCACUGUCCGUGAUGCCAAGCACACCAACUUUGUAGAGUUCAGAAACUUCAAGAUUAUCUACAGACGGUAUGCUGGUUUGUACUUCUGUAUUUGCGUGGAUGUCACUGACAAUAACUUGGCCUAUCUGGAGGGCAUUCAUAACUUUGUGGAGGUUUUGAAUGAAUAUUUCCACAAUGUGUGUGAAUUAGAUUUGGUCUUCAAUUUCUAUAAGGUGUACACAGUAGUGGAUGAGAUGUUCUUGGCAGGAGAGAUUCGAGAGACCAGCCAGACCAAGGUCCUCAAACAGCUCCUCAUGCUGCAGUCACUAGAAUAAAGAUUUUACUGCGUCGCAGCCAUGCCAUCACCCUUGGAGCAGGCUCCUCCUGUCAAGCCAGUCAUAAUGUUUCUGUGUAUGGAUGUUGUUCAUGAAAUUAAACUAACAUUUCAGCAUUUCUUUAAAGCUAUGCUAUGUAAGAUUUUAAUAUGUUGGAUGUGUAAGACUGUUUGUAAUGACAGGAAAAUCAACAGGAAUGGACAAGUUAAUGAAGGUCUUGGUGAAAAGCUUAAUUCUGUAUGUUGCAUCUUUGUUUCUCACUGCCCUAACUGAAGUUCUGGUGUCUUACCAAGACGUGUAGAUUUUGAAUGAGGUGCAAAAUUACAGAUAUGAUCUUUUCUGGUAAGGCUUCAUUCAUCAAAGGAGUCUAAACAUGUUACAUGCCUCAGAAAUGUUGACAGAAUCUUCUAGCAUAUCCUUAUGUUUUUGAAGUCAUGUUGACAGGUCACAAAAUGGUGCUGGCCAUUUUGUUCCCUUUCACUAAUUAGUGGUGUAUUUACUUAUGAAUCUCAAGGUGGAUAUGCAUUUUUGUGAGGCCUCUGUGGUUUAAUAUUGUCCCAAUAUUUUCCCCUAGUUGUAUUCUCAUGUUGUGAGAUUUGGAUUUUUAUGCAGUUGUGAAACAGUUGCCACAAAGGAGUGGCACUGACAACCUGUCUGUACCCUUUCAUUGACACUAAACCAGCAACUUGAUGGACAAAGACAACCCUGGCACUGGGAAUGACAUCCAUUGAUUAAUUGACGUCUACACUACUCAUUCUGAAGAAAUGUUACCGGAACUGUCCGUUUGCUUCUCUGUAUCUCCCAUGAAUUCUCCUCGUAGAUAUUGUUCCAUUUAUCUAUGAAAUCUAGGACAGUAAGCCUGUUUCUGUUUAUUGGAAGAUGAUAUUCAUUCCCUUUUUUUUUCUUUUCUCAUUUUUCAUAAAAUUACUUGUUUAAGGAAAAGUCACAGUCUAAUAUGAACUGUUUCUUUGUAUUGUGUAUAGAUAACUUUAUAUAAUUGUAUAUGUUGGGUCUGAUUAUAUGAAACAUUUUCAUUCCAGUAGGCAAACAGCUUCAUCUUUACAUCCUAACUCAAAAUGUGCACACAUUCAGAGUUUAAUAUAAGCCUUCCAUUCCAGCAUUAGCACACAGGCUAUAUGAACAUCUAACAGGCCUUGAAGAAGUCAAGUUAUUACCAGUAAUUGUGGUGUACUAGUUAUGUGAACAAAGGCAGACACUGAUGCUGCGCUUGUUUAGCCAGCAAGGCUGAACAGAUCUUACAGCUCUCAAAGGAAGAACACAUGACAAAAGACUGCAUUUACUUUCAUCUCCAACUUCUGCAGCACUGCUCUCUGUAGUGGUUCCAUAGCAACCACUCUGUUCAGCCUUGAGUCUCUUUGGACUGGUUUUACGGAUGCUGAUUAAGCUUAGCUCUGAGGAGAGUUAUUCCUGAAUCACUGAGUAUUUUUAGCUGCGUUCUAGGUUUAAUCUGCAUCUGAAACUGGUUUUUAAGUGUUUGUUUCAUGAGGUAUUGUUUUGUUUUUUUGUAUUUUAGUUGUUUUUCCUCAUUGUUCCUUUUGCCUGUCUGAAAUAUCCUCUCUUAUGCACUUGUCCUUGUGAGAUGGCAGACUGAAGGAAAUGUUUCUACUCACUAUAUUAAUGUAAACCCACAGAAAUGAGACAAAGAAAUAAAAUAUAAAAUUAUGUCAA